ACGCCAGCGAAUCAGGAAGGUGGAUGUCACAGUGACGUUGUCCAAUGAGGACGCCAGCUAGAGCUCAGCACAGCGUAUUCGCGUAUCUCAAUGUUUACACAGCACCGGACCAGAUACGAUCUAGAUUGAAUACGUGGACGCUGGCGGAUUCCCGUUUCCCAGCUUUUCCAGGUGGUUUAAUGUAAACGGACAGUGCAUCCGCGAAGAAAACGAGACAGAUACGGUCUAAUGUAAACGUAGCCUAGGCUACACGAGGAUAAACACAACGAGGAUGUUGAAUUCUCUAGUGACUCUGCUUCAGAGUAUAUUCAGAAUAAGUGGGGCUCCGCUCUUCAAAUUUAUACUGAUGGAUCUAAAGAUCCUGAGUCAGGAAGGCUUUCAGGAUACGCUGCACAACAGAAAGAAACAUCUGAAUGGUGUCCAGCACCAUAGAGCCAAAAAAGCGUGGUUCGACAGCUUCCGAGAUGCAGUUGCAGUUCUUCAGGACGAGAGGGCAAAACAAGGAUGUAGGAAGUUCCUGCAGACAGGUCAGUGUGUAUUUGGCCCCAGUUGCCGGUACUCCCAUAUGUCUGAACAGGAUAUGAAGAAUUUGGAGCAAAAUAUUCAUGAAGAAAGACAGCAGGCGGUGGACUUUUCCCAAGAGGAAUCCUCCACUAAUCCUUCAUUAGAGGAGUGGCUGUCCAGGAGAGAGAAGAGGGCAGCUCUGUCAUCAGGAAGUAAACCUGUUGGUACAGUUAAACGCAGCACAUGAAUGAGGCAUCUUUAUUCUCCGCUUUGACCUAUCCAAUAUGGCGGCGAGGAUGACGUAUGAUUCUACGCGGAAGGCGGCGUCUUUAAUGGUCCGGAAUAAAUUGAAUGCUACACAUUGAUGGAUUAAUUUGUUGUUCUACGCCCUUUUUGAGGAAUGUAUUGUAGGACUUAAACCAACAUCUGAAGAGGUGAGAUCGCUCCUUUUUUUCCCUAUUUUUGCUGGCGGGAUUGACUCUGCCCUAAGGGCUAUUUUUUCUCUCUCUCUCACUUUGCACCAUUACACAAUAAAUAUUCACAGUGAAAAUAUUUUGUAAGCGCGUUUCAUGAACCAAGUUAUAGGAUUUGUUGACAACUCGCAUCGAGUUUGUUACACUUCUACCCAGCGUGAAGCACUGACAGUCAUGUGGUUGUGACAUCAUCGUAAACAAAUCCGUUCUACUCAUCCAGACGACUUCGCAACGGCAACGUUGCCAGAUCUUUCCACUCUGGGACCCGUUCUCAAAAAGAUUGCGUUUUGGGCACCCAAAACGCCGGUGCCGUGUGGACGCCAGGCCUAAACGAUAAGCAAUUGUAUCGGAGUCACCUGAAUCCGUUGCCGUGUGGACAGCGCCUAAAACAACUCCUAUAAAUAUUUUGUGUGUAACCAAUUGAUAUGGUAAUGCUUGUUUAACAUGAUCAUUUGCUAUUCAUGUCAUUUUCCAAAAUACUAGAGGAAAUCAGUGAAGAAAUGUCGCUGGCACUAUGGUCCAUUUUGUCGAGUAUGGUCAUGUAUUGUAAGUAACGUCACACUUUAUGAAAACCAUUCAGAGUUCUUUUAGGUAAACAGGAAUUUGUUUGUGGAAUAGCUGACCUCGAUCAGUGUAACCUAGUCAAACACGUGAUAACUUUAAGAAACAGGUGAAACAGUUUUUAUGGAGUAAAUACCAAACCCAGUUUUAUUGUGUGUAAGUAACUAAUUUUUAAUCAUUUUGGUGCCAUUUUUGUAAUCUAGUUGUAGUCUAAUGCCGCUUUUCCACUACAAACGCGGCUGAGCUGUGCCGUGCUGAGUCGAGCUGAGCGGGGCUGUUAGAGUUGCAUUUCGACUACAACCGCGCUGAACCGUGCUGGCUGGAAGUGGGUGGACACAUUGGGUGGAGUUAGCGAAAGUGGGUGGACGUCAGGUGAUGUUGUUAAGCAGCGCAAACAGUGACAUUAGUGAGCUUUUAAGCGGUAGUCUCACGACCCGGAUAGUAAACAAUAAACAUGGAGGACAUGGAGUUGUUAGUGUUGCUGGUCUUGGUUCUGUGGCUUGUUGUCACAGACAAUGCCAACAGAUACUGGCAAGAGUGUAUAGAUGAGGCGAGGCGCAUUAGGCUUCAGAAAUUCUCGUAAUUCUUCUUCCGGGUUUGCGGUGUUUACAGAUCCCAGCGUGCUUGCGGGGCGUGUGUGGGCAUGUGAGGAUACUCCUCCUCACCAAUCAGUGCACAGGGGAGUGUCUGCUCACGCCCCCAGCCUCACUCAGCUCGCUUUGGCUCGCUUCAGCCCCACUCCAAAAUGGUGCGAGUUUUAGGGGCUACGCAGGGCUGAAGCGAGCCGAGUCGUGCUGUUUUUUGGUAGUUGAAACGCGAGCCGUGUCGGGCUGAAGUGAGCUGAAGCGAGCUGAAGUGAGCUGAAAAAGGGUAGUGGAAAAGGGCCAUAAUAAUUACAGUUGGCACAUACUCAUUGUGUUUUAUAAUUUAGUCAAUUUAUUGUCUAUUGUUUCCUGCUGUCCUCUUGAUGACCACAUUGGAAAUAAGUGUAUUUUAUACUUUGUGUUAUCCUUGGUGCUAUUUAUACUGUGUCUUUUACAUGUAUGAAUUUUACCAAAUAAAUCCAUACCCACAGCUCGGGCGUUUUUUACUGCCUUUUUUCGUACAAAUUACAUAUUACUGCCUUUCGUACAUAUUACUGCCUUUUUUUCGUACAAAUGCAUCUUCCUGUAAUGUUCACAUGAAUCCUGUAUAGUAAAGCAGUGUUUGUUUACCCUCUUUCUGUGUUGCCAUGGGGGUUGGACUGUCUACUACUGUAAUCAUGGUAGGCUAGCCUGGGGAUGUCUUGAAGUUUUUCAUGAAUGCGCCGUGAGCAUGCUAACAAGUAGUAUAACGCAUAGGUUCAGCCUCAUUUUACAGGUAAAGAGCUAAGGUUUGUCCAUAAGUCAGGGUUGCAGCUCAUUAACUAUUUCAGAUGUAUAGUGAAAAAAUUGAAAUCAUCACCUUAGUAGACCUUUUGCUUUGCCCCUUCAGUACUGAAGUAUACACUCAGACUUGCGCCCAAAUGACGUCACACAUCGCCCUUCCAACAGGCAAUGUGGCAGCCUCCUGGUGGCAUUAGAGCAGCGAUACAAAAACACACUCAACUUUCUUAUGCCCCUUUUCCACCAAAGCAGCUCCAGGGCUGGUUUGGGGCCAGUGCUUAGUUUGGAACCGGGUUUUCUGUUUCCACUGACAAAGAACUGGCUCUGGGGCCAGAAAAACCAGUUCCAGGCUAGCACCAGCUCUUUGCUGGGCCAGAGGAAAGAACCACUUACGUCAGCGGGGGGCGGACUUGUUAAGACCAACAACAUUUUUAAGCGACAAGAAGCAGCAGCUGUACAAACGUGAAGUCAUCCAUUAUUGUUGCUGCUGCUUCUUCUCCGUGUUGUUGUUGCUUCGAUGUUUGCGCCAAGGUUUAUGCAAACGCAGCGCCGUAACUGACGUAUACAGUGACGUAAUGACGUGGCUCCCCUUAGCACACCGAGCUAUGGAAACGCAAACUGGUUCUCAGCUGGCUCGCAAGUUGAACAAGUUGUGAACCAGCACUGGCCCCGAACUAGCCCUGGAACUGAUUUGGUGGAAAAGGGGUAUUAGAAAUGGUCAAACAUGCCUGAAACUUUUUCUUACGGGUUCUCAAUAUUACAAGCUAUCAACCCAUGCAUGUAUUUACUUUGCAUUUUCUAUUCCUUUCAUGUUAACUUCAUAUUCUAAGCAAAGUUAUUAGUAAAAAUCACUACCAAAAACAUUAAUAUUGGCCAUAUGAUUUAAAAUACUAUUCAUGUUUCGUACCAUUCUCACUACAGAUCACUGAGUAAAGGUUGUUUACCAGAGAGUAAACAACCUUUAAAAGAGAGUCAAUGAUUGAUUACUCACUGAUAUCAGACCAUUUGUGGGCUUGACAGUGGAUCCUUGCCUGAUUUUGGAUUUGAUGUACUUUGUAAGCUGAUCCACCAAGGUAUUUAUGUGUGUGUUUGAGAUGUUGACAGUUUGUCUCCAUAUGAAGCAGUAGCAGAAAGCUCAGAUAGUGGUACUUGAAAGUUUGAACCCUGUAGAAUCUUCUGUAUUUGUGUAAAUAUGACCUAAAGCAUCAGAUUUUCAUUCAAGUUCUAAAAGUAGAUAAGCAGAACCCAAAAUGGAACAAAAACAUAGUAAUUUAUUUAUUGAGGAAAAUGAUUUCAAUAUGUGAGUGCAAAAGUAUGUGAACCUUUUUGCUUUCAUUAUCUGGUGUGACUCCCUUGUGCAGUAAUAACUGCAAAUAAAGAUUCUUGUAACUGUUGAUCAGUCCUGCACAUUGGCUUGGAGAAAUUUCAGCCCAUUCCUCUUUUACAGAACAGCUUCAGCUCUGGGAUGUAGGGUUUCCUCAUAUGGUCCUCACUUCAGGUCCUUCCACAUCUUUCCUAUUGGAUUAAUGUCAGGACAUUGAUUCAGCCAUACCAAAACAUUAACUUAUUUAUUUAAUUUUAUUUUAUUAUUCUAUAAUGAUUCUUUGGUAGAAUAACUGUGUGAUUUUAGUGUCAUUGUCUU